UUGAUGACAGGGUCAACAAUAUGGCGCUGCCCGUGGUGCACAGUGUUGUCUGCUUGAUGUGGAGCUUUCUUUAAAAUGUAUCACAAGUUGUUUUUGUCUGUAUAUUUUAAUGAUUGUGAAACGCCGAGGGUAACCACAUGAUCGUUCCUAUCCUAUCGUGCUCGUGUGUUGAAGUGUAAAAUACCUCUUUUAACGCCUAAACAGCUGCCAUGUCUGGGUCAAAUGUUUGGAGUCGUAGCCGAGAGAAAUUAAGACUUUUCCCUGAACUUUUGGCACAGUGUUCUGCAGAGGCUUCAGUGUAUGGGAAGUGUGUGGCAGCGACUACAACAGGCACACACGAGCUGAAGAAAGACCUUUGUGCUAAGGAGUUUGAAGCACUGAAGACCUGCUUUAUAAAUGCAGCCAAGAAAAAACCCAAAUGAGGACACUGUCCUGCUUUGUUGGAGCUGCAUACUGGACUCACCUGUCACAUGACGUGCUCGGUGCAGUGGGAGAAGACACUCUAAUCGAUGUGAUAAUAUCUAUCUAGGGGACACUCUAAAUGAACUGAUGAUCUUGUGAUACAUGGUAGUUCUGUUCAAUGUAUGCAUUUACAUUUCUGGAAUAUACAGAAGGUGAAUAAAGAAUAAUGAAUCCACUGUGUAAAAACAGAAGAACAGCCGUGGAUGUAAUAAA